AUGCAAUCACCUUUUGAUACAAUUGUCAAACUAUGCUUUAAACACACAAGAUUAUCACCUUCUGUUUUAUUCAAUUUGUCUCAAGCUUUAUACAUUGUUGCUCUUGGUCUUCGCACUACUCAUUUGAUUGAUUAUCACCUUACUCCAAAUCAAGCAAAACAGCUUCUUCAACAUCUACGUAAGCAUAAGGAUGGACGUGACCUGAUAUUGUUACAGUUUACAGAUCGUUACACAUUUAUUGGCCAUCGGAAACGGUUACUAGAACGUUGUCAUAGUUCAGUCAAGGAGAUUUGUUAUAUUGAUGUUCAAGGAAAGAUACCAUUCAAGUUGGACAAGGUACCUGAUGAUCUACAAGAAUUUCUAGAAGAGCAACUGCAACCAUAUGUGGAGCAACUAGAAAAAACGUCCAUUAUCACCAACGACAAAGAUGACGAAAAGGUAUUCAUGGUAUCCAACUUGCCUUGUUUCAUGGUCGCGUUGACAGGCUGGCUUUUAGAGUAUCCUAUGGUGUACGUGUGUCACCAAGUAGGUGACAUCUUUGAUGAAUGGGAACCGCGUGUCAAUUGCUUGGGAAAUAUUCCAUUGGUAUGGGUCAAGUUACAAAUUCAAGAAAAACAACUGAUGUCAACAAGACAACAACCAUAUUCACUUCUCAGUUUCACUUAUCCAACAUGUAUCUUACCAACAGCGAAGGAACAACAACAAGUAGUGGAUCAUCUUAGGAAUAUCUUUUCGGCAAGAUUAUCUAGUUACUGUUCUUCCAUGAGGUUGAUCAUUCAUCAAGAAAUCGUGACUUUGGAUCGUGUAGCUUUGUAA